AGUUUUGUUUUGUCACCUUGUCACUUAUUUCCUGUAGCUCACGCAUGAGCUCACGCCAUAUUGGUUCUUUGUAAAAAGCAGUAUAUUUACUAGUACCGAUUUUUCCAUAGUUAUUUAACGGGUCCGAUCUAUCAGUCACUUGAGUAUCCAGUUGAUUCAAUAGCAGGAAACAGAACAGUUUCGGGUACACUAUUGAAAACAAGUGAAGUUGCCAAGACUCCGCCAACGCCAAAGGUUUUGGUUUCUAACCGUUUUGAACUUACUAAAAAUGGCGUGCGCAACAUUGAAGAGAACUUUAGACUGGGAUUCGGUCCUAGGAGGAGGCCGGCCGACGAAACGAAGGCGUUGUACCCCAUUUUCCACCAGCCCCACUCACAGACCUGGCGAUCGGUCCUCAUCAAACAGUCCCUCAAGUUCGCCAAUGUGCAGUUCUCAAGCCUCAUUUUUUCCAGAUGUACUCAGCAAAAAACUCACUCGAGAGUAUAUGGCUGAAAAUAUUAAAGCCGAAAUAAAAAGGCUACAGAAACGAAAGCAAUUAAAAUUUCAAACGAUGGACAAUUCGGACAGUAGCGGAUGCGAAGAACAAGGUAGCAAGUCGCCGUCUCGAUCAGAGAAAGCUCUAUUCACAUUCAAACAGGUGGGCGUAAUUUGCGAACGAAUGAUGCGAGAAAGGGAGUCGGAAAUCCGGGAAGAAUACGACAAUGUAUUGACUAUAAAACUGGCCGAACAAUAUGAAUCCUUUGUCAAAUUUACGUACGAUCAAAUUCAACGUAACUUUAAUAGUCAGUCUACACCAAGCUAUUUAUCAUAAGAUGUGACAAGAAUCUGAAUAGCGCCACUUUGUGCUCUCGUCUAGUUCUGUAUAAUAAUAAUAAUAAUAAUAAUAUACAUCCAAUUAUACACGCGAAGAACAUAUAACGUCAAAACUGUAGCACGCAUCAGCCUGAUUGCAUAUAGUAUAUUUUGUGAUGACACCGCUGUGUGUGAGUCAAUAAAAAUGCCCUUACAACAGUUAAUAAGCAUUGUAAAUUAUUGUUCAGAUUAUGUAAGUCUCGGAAAAAAUUGUUAUAUCACAAUGUUGCAGCGACUAUUGCGUGCAACUGUUUUGUGCUUAUAUGAAUAGUAUACAAUUUCCUACCGAAGAUGCUGAUUGAAAUAUGCCUUGGACUGUAAACUUAAUAUUUUUGUCGGCAUUUUGUAUAUAUUAUUACAUUUUAUUUUGUAUUUUUUAUAGGAGUUUCAGAAUAAUAUAUUCGUUACUUUCGUGUACAUAUGCUUUCUUUUCUAUGGCAUUGCACAUGUUUUGAUGUGAUAUGUAUUUUGAUCGUCGAAGGUACGUGGUGUCAAAUACAGUUUAAGUGUUUUCUGAUCAUCAAGAAGUUAUGUGAGUAUUUUUCACAAAUUGAAUUUACAGACUUACUAAUUAAGUAUUUGAUAAGCAUGUGGUUUAGAACUGAAAAACAUUGGAUAUUUUAUUUAAGAGGUAAUUUAAAAAGACUUAGCAUACUUCAGUUUGUAGUAAUUGUUUAUUUAGCUUUUAAUAUGUAGGUUAGGUAUUUUAAUCUUUGGGGUAGUACCAUUAUAAGUCCGGUAUAAAUACCUAUUUUUUUAUAUUACCUCUUCAAUUUUCAACUGUGUCUAUAUAUAAAACUCUCAAUCUUUGGUCUUGGAAGACCGUUUUCAUACAAAUGUUGUAAAGUCUUCUAAUUGCCCUAAUUGCUGAAGUUUUUUUUUUUUAAUAAAACCUGUGAAAACUACGGAUUUGUUAAGGCAAGGAAUUUGUUUUCGUAUUGCCAUAAAACCCCCAUUUUUCUGUUUAAAAUGGCCCACUCAAUGUUCCAAUGUUUGCCAAUCGCGGCAGAUUAUUUGAAUGGGACAUUUUCACUACUCGAUAUAAAGCUUUUAGUAUAAGAAGUUUUGUAACUAUUUUUAAGACCAGUUGGAGAUGAAACUUGUUAGAUUUUAGCUGAUAUACCUAUUGAUUAUUAUUAUUAGGGAAAGCUAGAUUUAUCUCGAACACAUUAGGCUUAAAACUGUUUAUCUUUUAUCGCCAAAUACAUCGCAAAGCGGAGAAAAGCCAGUGAAAAUAUCUACUAAAAAUAAUUUGACUCUUGCAGUUUCAAUUGUAGAAAUCAAAGCCAAUAUUUCUCGUUCAUAUAGUAACAAUGAUGGUUAUUUUUGCAAGAUGGCAAUAUUUCAAGUGACUCUUCUACGCUUUUACGUAUUAAUAACUGGUAGGAAUUGGAUAUUUCACUUUCUGGUUGAAAUUGCAAUUAUCAAAAUUACUUUCUUCUUUACAUAACAAGAACCUGUAUUUGCAUAUUUUUGUGAAAAAAAUUGACUUUGUUAAUUCUACAUUUUUGUAGUGAAGUAAACGUUUUUUUUUGUUAAACGAUAAAUAAAUUAAAAACCAACAAGUUUAUAAGCCAAAUCCUACUUUGAAAAGAUUGAUGGCGUUUUUUUGUUAAGUACAUUUUUUUGUUGCUUCUGUUGAUCCAUCAUUUCAGCAACCGAUUUUCCGUGCUAAAUCACCUCGUAGGUCCUAAUUUCAUACUAACGAAAAUUUGUUUCAUUUAAUAAACGAUUGCUAUUGAAUAUUA